ACGCCAUUUACUUUCAGGCGUAAAAUCUUUCUGAUUCGGUUAUCAGUGAACACGCGUGAAUAGUUUCAGAUUUGAGUGGUUAUUUUCUUGGUUGGUACGAGAGAAAAGAGCUGCCACUGCUUGUUGGGUUGGCUUAUACAACAAAAAGUGCACUUUUUUAAAUUAAGUUCAACCCUCUCGCCAUAUCGAAGGCUUACAAUUCAAUCAAGUGCAGUUAAUGAAUUUUUCUACCUAGCUCCGAUUAAAUAAGUGUUCAUUUCGACUAUUACAAGAAAGUUAAACUAUGUCAGCUACAAACAGUAACGCGAUGAACGGAACUUCGGCGUCCGGGGACAUUUCGGCCAGUGAUUUCUUCGGCUAUUUCUCGGCGGGUCCUUCGAAGUUGCCCGAAGAAGUGAUGCACAAGGCACAGAAGGAGUUCCUAUCCUAUCAAAGCAGCAGAGUCAGUGUGAUGGAACUAAGUCACAGAUCGCCCGAAUACAUGGCAAUCAAUGACGAUGCCAUAGCUUGUGUGAGGAGAAUUUUUAACGUUCCAAAUAACUACAAGGUCAUGUUUAUGGCUGGAGGGGGGACUGGUCAGUUUGCGGCAGUGCCUUUGAAUCUGUCAGCCGAAGGCAAAUCAGCCGACUACUGUGUCUCGGGAACCUGGUCCGAAAAAGCUUUUAAGGAGGCAAAGAAAUUCGGCAACUCAAACUGUGUAUUUUCUGUGAACAAGUUUACGACUAUUCCUGGCGAAAGUACGUGGAGCCGAGACAAGGAUGCGAGCUAUCUGUAUUAUUGCGACAACGAGACCAUCCACGGAGUCGAGUUUCCAUUCAUUCCGAGUAACGAAGGAGACUUUGCUAACGUCCCGGUUGUGGCUGACAUGAGUUCGAAUCUGGGAACUCGGAUUUUUGACGUGAACAGAUUUGGAGUAAUUUACGCAACUGUGCAGAAAAAUCUCGGACCAGCUGGAUGUACAAUUGUUAUUGCUCGUGAGGAUCUGCUGGGGAGGCCGAGGUCAUUCUGUCCCUCAGUUUUGGACUAUUCUCAGACAUCUAAAGCCAAUUCGCUAAUGAAUACUCCAGUUACUUACAGUGUGUACAUGACUAAACUAGUGAUGGAAUGGAUUGAGGACAAUGGCGGGCUCUCUCAGAUGGAAAAUGAUUCGAAAGCGAAGUCACAGUUGCUCUAUGACGUCAUAGACAGCUCGGAUGGUUUCUAUUCGUCAGUUGUCGACAAGAUGUUCAGAUCUCGUGUCAAUGUCGUCUUCAGAUUGAAAGACGGGGACGAACAACUGGAAGCUGCGUUUAUUUCGGCAGCUAAAAAGAACAACUUGCUGUCACUGAAGGGACAUAGAAGUGUUGGAGGAAUAAGAGCUUCAAUCUAUAAUGCAAUUUCCUUGAAAAUGGUUGAAAAGUUAGCACAAUUUAUGAGAGAUUUUCAGAAGAGUAACUGAUGCGUGAAAUUCAAGUUCAACUGUCAAGCUUAAGCCUAAAUUGACUGUUUGUACUCUGAGUUUAAAAUGACUGUAGGUUUUAAAAAGUUGGAUAUUAUUGAAACUUUUUUGUAAAUGGUAAUUGGUAAAUCAAGGUAAUUCAUAUAUUCGAGGGUUCAA